AUAUUGGUUUUUAUUGAGGUUUUGUGUUAAAUGCAUCUAGAUUAUAUUAAUAAAUUUUCAACUUUUUUUUGUUAAAACCUUUUUUUUUUAAUUUUAAUUUUUGUGUGUGGGUCUUGUUAGUUUUGAAGGCCUUAUCAUUUCUAUUAAUUUUGAAGGAUGGAAGUGGACUGGGAACCAGAUCAGCCUCUAGACGAGCUGUUGCUGCUGCUCAGUGAAAAGGAUUUGGGAGCCAUAAGAGUGCUUUCUGAAAAGACAAAGGACAUAGGAGAGGUAGCGUACAGUAUAGCAAUAGAAGGACGGGUGACAGCACUGGCUGCGCUGUUGAUGGUGGCUGCAGAGAAGGUUAACGGGUCGGUGCUGGAAGUCCGAACCCACACAGAUAUAUUGGCGGAGAAGACAACGGUGUAUAGUGGUGUGAUCAGGGAAGCUGUAUCAAUUUAUAUGGGCAGUAAGGGCAAGCUUAAACUAUCAGAAGAAAGCAAGAAUGGCUCUUAUAGUGGUGAGUUGGAAAGGAGGAAAAUACUACUUAGGGAGAUGGAGCUGCUCCGUUUCUUUGGGGCUUCUCCUCAUAAUAGGUGUGUGGACAAAAAAGCCACAUCUCCUCUUAUAAUUGCUUCUAAGGCCGGAGAUGAAACUGUAAUGAAGUUGCUUCUGCAGACAGGCAUAAAUGUGAGUGAGGCUGAUGCAGAAGGUAACUCAGCCCUGCAUUGGUCUCUUAAAGCGUCAAAAGUGUCAAGCCCUGAGCAUAUCAGAAUCUUGGAGCUUCUUCUGAAGCAUGGUGCUCGAGUUAGGCAAAAAGAUCAGCUGGGAUUGACUGCAGUUCACAUUGCUUCUGCAAAUGGGAACCUUGAAGCUCUUAAGAUCCUGCUAAUUCACGAUCCUGACAGCGUUUAUGUUACAUCUGAAUUGAAGGAAACUCCUUUGUUUUUAGCUGCAAAAAAUGACUUCAUAGACUGUGCUCAACUCUUGCUGAGUUAUGGAGCAACCACAGACGUCCAUAAUUUGCGUCGAGAAAGACCUAUAGACUUGGCAAAAUCACAGGACAUGCGCUCUACUUUAACCCGAACCAGUAUAGUCAUAACCAAUAGGGCAUCCAAACAGAAAUACACAGCAUGCAUUCACAAUGAUCAAGUGGUCUCAGAAUCCUGUGAAGCGCUUUGGAAGGAAGCAUGCUCUACUUCUGAGAGUGUCGACUCAAGUGCAGAUAGUGAUAUUUGCAAAUACUAUGCAUCACCAACAGGGUGUGCUAGAGGGUCUGCAUGCUUCUACCGCCAUGGUGAAGGGGACAUUGGAAAUCCAAAGUCAAAACUUGGCAUUGCUCGUUCUACUGUUUUAGCAGAAUUCAAGAGAAAGAUUUUUGUAGGAGGACUACCACCUAGCUUGGACUCUGAAUCAUUAGCUGAUAUUAUGGAAGAGCAAUUUGGUCCCGUGGCAGAUGCCAAAGUAUUACAAACGGAAAUUGAAGAUCAAGUAAUGUCCCGGGGUUUUGGCUUUAUUACCUUCCACCAAGAGAAAUCUGUAGCUGCAGCUUUGGAGGUCCAUUAUACCUAUAUCUGGGGCAAGAAAGUUGAAAUGAAAAGUGCAGUUCCAAAAUGGCUAUCAUCCCAAGAAGAGCGUGGAGAUGAACCUAAGCAAGAGCCAGUGCAACAAGAAAGCAACCAAAACCAGUGUCAAGCUCAAAGCCAAAGUGAUCAAAGUUUAGUUGCGGGCAUACCUGGGAAGAUGUCUUGGGCUGAUCGAGUGGGUCAAGAAAAACCAGAAGAUUCAAGAAAUGAGCUCAAGGUCCACAGACCACAACUUUCUGGCCAAAAUAUGCCUGGAUGGUUUGCUACUUUGAAGAAAUGGCUUCCUCAGUUUUUAAGAAAGAUGUCAAGGAAUUCAGAAGGAGAAUUCUAUUCCCUGUCAUCUUUGAAAGCCGAUUUUAAGGCAAUAUUUGGGCUGGAGCUUGACCAUGCCUCUCUUGGAUACUCUAAAUUGAGUGAUUUUAUAAAGUCUUACCCUGAAUUAUGCAGGGUUAAGAUUGUCCACACAGGUGGUCAGGUUCCUAAUCACAUGAUCCUCUUGCCUAAUGUGGCCCGACCUCCACCCCUGCUUGUACCAAGGAAAAACUUCUGUGUGUCCCGCCCAGUCACGCCAGCCUCUGUACAUGAUGAUGCUGCAUCUAAUUGUGGGACUGUUGGUCCAACCAAAAAAGAAUCUGACUGUGAUACUCAAUCUGACAAAUCUUCUGAGAAAAAUCUUGAUGUUACUGCUGUGAAAGAAGUUUGUGGAAAGACAGAAAAAGUUAAUCGUAGUGUUACAUUGCCUCUGGAGCAUUCCAGGCUACUGCAGUUUUUGGAACCAGACCCUGUGUUUCUUGCUCGAACAUGGCUUGGGACUGGUGGCUUCAAGGUUCCCGACGAGCAAUGCAGGCGAAAGCAUUUGAUUUUGGAGGCCCUUGCUCGGAAGAGGAAACAAGUCUACUUCCUCAAGAGCCUAAAGUUCUACGAUGUAAGAUCUGACAAUUUUUCUGACCUUUCGUAG